UUGUUGACGCCUGCGGCUGCUGCGGUGGCGACCGGGCCGUUGGGGAGGGGCUAGUGGGGCCUGGAGACGGCGCAGUGACAGGACCGCCGAGGGUGCUGCUGAGGCGACGAUGGCAGAGGGGCCGGAGGAAGUCCGAGGCCGCCCUCCUGGGCAGGACGACGGCGGAGGGGACCCCGAGCCCGUCCCUUCCCUGAGAGGCUCUCCCGCCGCCGCCCUACGCCCCCGGGACGGGCCGCAGGCGGAACCCCAGGCCCCGGGCCGGCCCCCCGCCCCGGGCCUCGCACCCUCCGCGGCCGCCGCUGAGGAGUCGGAGCCGCCCGGCGAGCCCGGGAAGCGCGGGGAGACGGGCCCCGGCCCCAGUGCGGGGCUGCAGGAGCCGGCAGGCGGCGAGGCGCCCGAGGCCGCCGCGCCGCGAGACAGGCCGGUGCGGCUGAGCGCCCGCGAGUAUUCCCGGCAGGUGCACGAGUGGCUGUGGCAGUCCUACUGCGGCUACCUCACCUGGCACAGCGGCCUGGCCGCCUUCCCCGCCUAUUGCAGCCCCCAGCCGCCCCCGCCGAGCUACCCCUCGGGCGGUGGCGCCCCCGCCCCCCAGGCCGCGGCGCCGCCGCCCCUCCAGCUGGGCUAUUACAACCCCUUCUACUUCCUGAGCGCCGCGGCCGCCGGGCCUGACCUGGGAGCGGCUACCGGCAUCACCCCCGCUGCUCCGGUCGCGGGCCUGGGAGGCCGGGCUCCGCACGCGCAGGGAUCCGUCCGGGCAACCCCAGGGACCAGGGUGGGAUCCGGCGCCCCUUCGCGAACCCCGAGCGAGACCGGGCGGCAGGCAGGCAGAGAGUAUAUUAUUCCAUCCUUGGCCCACAGAUUUAUGGCAGAGAUGGUGGAUUUCUUUAUUCUCUUCUUUAUAAAAGCAACCAUUGUCUUAAGUAUUAUGCACCUGAGUGGAAUAAAGGAUAUCUCUAAGUUUGCUAUGCAUUAUAUAAUAGAAGAAAUAGAUGAAGACACAUCAAUGGAAGACUUGCAGAAAAUGAUGAUUGUGGCUCUUAUAUACAGAUUGUUAGUUUGUUUCUAUGAGAUAAUUUGCAUUUGGGGAGCAGGUGGAGCGACCCCCGGGAAGUUCCUGCUGGGCCUUCGAGUGGUGACGUGUGAUACAUCUGUGCUUAUCGCACCGAGUCGGGUUCUAGUGAUUCCUUCCUCAAAUGUGAGCAUCACAACGUCUACUAUACGAGCUUUGAUCAAGAAUUUUUCUAUUGCUUCUUUUUUCCCUGCUUUCAUCACACUGCUGUUUUUUCAGCACAAUCGAACAGCCUAUGACAUUGUAGCAGGAACCAUUGUGGUAAAGAGAAAUGGGGUCAGAUGAUGCCCCAAAAAGCCCUGAAUUCCAUCCUCUCUGGAAUAACGACAAGACUAAAUUAUGUAUCAAGGCCAUCAGUAUCCCUGGGUUACACUAAUUGAUGAUUUAGAAAUUAAAGCAGUCACUCCAGUGUGAUGCAGGUGACUAUUCGGAAAGUAUUGAUUUUACUUGAAUGCCAAAGAACUUUUCCAGAAGAAAAACCUGUUAAAUUCAAGUGUUAAAAAUUUUUAGAUCGAAAAGAAGGCAAGUGGUUUUAUAAUCAACAACGGACAAUACAUACUUUCUUAAGAUCUAAGGCUUUAGGAUUUGCUGAAAACAUUUUCAGCUGUGAAAUCUCCAGAUGAAACUUUUAAGAAAUUUAUUUUGGUUUAUCCCAAAAUGAUGGAAAAAGUCCAGUUGUGUUUUGUAAACACAUUAACUCAUCUUUUAGUUAACACUUCUUGGGGAAAUUGUUGUUUUUGCUUUUGGGGAGAAAGAGUGGGAACACAAAUUUGGUAAUCCAUUUGUCUCCCGUCCUAGGAGGAGAUGAGUUAGCAAGCUGCAAGACUGGGGGCAGAUGAGGCAGGCCUAGCAGUUCCCUCACCGGAAGUUUUCAGAUCCGUA